ACACCGCAGCCGAGCUUUUGGCGUGCGUAAAAGUUGUGCGUAAAGCUCUCCUGGACGCGAAAUGAAGAGAUCACCGAGUUAUUUACGAUCCUUGAAACUUUCAUAAUGACAAUACGCGCGCUCGUGCGCGACACAUGGCGUUUUGAUCCCACAAUCAAAGUGAGGAAAUCGCUGUUUCACAGCAGCGCAGCUUCUUUUUUUUCGCUCCCACAAAGGAAGUGUAUAUCUGGAUCAACUUUUAGGACUUUUAUUGUACAAUAAUCUUUGCAUAACAACUGUUUCUUCUUCUUUUAUUUUUUUUUUCCUUCUCUCUCCCCCCGCAAGCGUCACCUCAGGCACUGCGCAUGCGCGCUGGCUGCUCGCUGUCAACGAGACAUUUUUCUUCACGUUGGAAACUGUCACUGGUGACGUCAAUCACCGAGCUCUGACCAAUUAGAGCACAGGAUGAUUGUUUAGCUCCACGGGCUGCAGCGCCUACCAUGAAUCUCUAUUCAGUAUCAAAGCGUCCUGCUGCUGCCUCUCAGCCGAAUGGGAUUCCAUUGUAGUCUGCAGAUAGACUUAACUUUACAAACUUUUUUUUCAUUUUAUUUGUUUUCCCAUUGCGAUUAAAAUAUAUUUGUCAUCAUCAUUAUUAUUUUGCCUGCUGUCAAGUUAUUCUAAAAUUAGGAAGUAAUGAGCGUGGAUGCAUUGGGAAACCCCGUGAUGGACCCUACGUUUUCCAAACGGAACACGGCGCUGAGAUUAGUUGACUUGGCAGGGGCGCACCACCAUCACCAUCAUCACCACCAUACCCCUCAGAGCGUGACAGGCUUCCCGGGGUUCAGCAGCCAUCCACACUCAAUGGCUCACUCGCACCCUGGGGAGAUUACUGCGGAACCCCGCCUGGGGCCGAGUCCAUUCGGGCCAGAACACAUGGGGCACUCCGCGGCCCUCAAAAUCAGCCCAGCCCAUCAUUAUCCCCACCACCAUCACCACCACCACAAUCAUCAUAUGGCAGGCCACAGUGAAGUGGUCUCCAGUCAAACGGGAGCGUUUGGCCCGGUUCAGGCGACAUCGGUGCCAUAUUCUAUGUCUCACACGGCCCAGGCUUUAUCCGCAGGUAGGGACUUCCUCAUCCGGAGAGAUCUGACAGCUCCAGCCAUGCCCGUACUGACUGACCAGACUGCUGGUUCAGCCUCUCACCACGGAAUGCUUGUCUCAACAACAGGUAGCUAUCCGGGACACUACGGCCAUCACGCCGACGCCGGGAGCCUCUUCUCCGGACUCCAUCACGACCAGCCGUCCGGCGGAUCCAUGGGUGGCCAAGCGCUGAAUGGACAAAUCAGGUUAGGACUACCUGGAGAAAUGUACGUUCGGUCUGAUCACCUGAGUCAAGUGGCGAGCUCCAGGGCUGAUCCGUUCUCCGCUUCGCCUUUGCACGGCUAUGGCGGUCUGAAUCUGAACAUGAACCUCGGCGCGCACCAUCACCACCAUCACCACCACGGAGCCGCCGGCGCCUUUUUCCGCUACAUGAGGCAGCCGAUAAAGCAAGAGCUGAUCUGCAAAUGGCUGGAGCCGGAGCACUCGCCGAAGAAACUUUGCUCCAAAACUUACAGCACCAUGCACGAGCUGGUUACGCACGUGACGGUGGAGCACGUCGGAGGACCGGAGCAGGCGAACCACAUUUGUUUUUGGGAAGAGUGUCCCAGGGAAGGCAAACCGUUUAAAGCCAAGUACAAACUGGUAAAUCACAUACGAGUACACACCGGGGAAAAGCCGUUCCCGUGCCCGUUCCCUGGCUGUGGGAAAGUGUUUGCAAGAUCCGAAAACCUCAAAAUCCACAAAAGGACGCACACAGGUGAGAAACCCUUCAAAUGUGAGUUUGACGGAUGCGACAGACGCUUCGCCAACAGCAGCGAUCGCAAAAAACACUCCCACGUGCACACCAGCGACAAACCGUACAACUGCAAAGUGCGAGGCUGCGACAAGUCCUACACGCACCCGAGCUCCCUGCGGAAGCACAUGAAGGUGCACUGCAAGUCCCCCCCGCCCAGCUCGGGCUACGAGUCCUCCACUCCGUCCCUCGUGUCCCCUUCCUCGGACUUGGGCCGGGAGCCAGCGGCCUCCUCGGUGCUGUCGGAGCCGGCGGGAGCCUCCCAGCCGGCCAAUUUGAGCGAGUGGUACGUGUGCCACAGUUCAGGUGCCAGCGGAGCGCAGACACCACCCAGCGGGCCCUCCACACCCGACCCGGCGGAGGAGCCUCCUUACAGACACCCAGAACCGAGGGACGCGUUUUAGCGCAAAAGCGAGUUGACAUUUGGUGCCUAAAAUAGCGCAUGCAGGUCCGCGCUUUGCGGAUGAAGACACAGCAUGCGCAAAAAAAAAAAAAAAAAAAAACUUACAGACGUUCAAAGAAUUUAUUUUCAAAGCUCUGCUUGGCUCGGUGCCGACAGAGAACUGACUGGGUCCCCGUGUAAACCCGCGCGACUGUGUGC